AUGGAACAUAAAGGGUUUUCAAAAAAAAAAGAUGAACUUGAACUAAUAAUACAAGACCAUAAUCCACAAAUUAUAUGCCUCCAGGAAUCAAACUUCAAAGAAAAUUACAUAGCUCCCCUUAAAAAUUAUAAAGGUUACAGCAAAAACCGUCUAGAAGUAGGCAGAGCUAGUGGAGGCACUUCCAUUUAUGUCAAAGCGUUUAUACCAAGUCAUACUUUAAACAUCCUCAGUGAUCUAGAAGUCUUAACGGUACAAAUUGAAAUGAAAGAAAAAAUCACAAUAUGCAAUAUAUACCUCCCAAAUCAAAAAAAAUUCAGAAAAAUAUAUAUAGAACACAUCAUCCAACAACUUCCUACACCUUUCAUUUUUUUAGGCGAUUUCAACGCUCACAGUCGUAUAUAGCGAUCUAUUAAAACAGAUCCCAGAGGUAAGAAAAUCGAAACAUUACUUGAAAAGGACAACAUCGUCUUACUCAAUGACUCAACACCAUAAACAACAAGACACACCCGUCCCUAAUUUGGAAUAAAAUUCGAUCACUCAAAGGUUUAAAUUGUGAUCAGGAAAUUCACAUAACCGACGCAUCCGGUACAACAUCCGACCCAAAAAGGGUUGCCCAAAAAAUCGGUUCCUACUUCCAAGACAACUUCAGUGAUAAGAUUUACAAACAACAAUUCAUUAACGAAAUAAAAACAAAGGCAGAAAAUAUACCUAUAACAUUUAACAUAAAUCCUCUUUGUCCAGCCCAAAUUAGCCUAAAUGAUUCUUUCUCCAUAAAAGAAAUGAAAGUAGCACUCGCGAAAUGUAGAUGUAAAAGCCCCGGGCCCGACAGAAUACCAUAUUGCUUCAUUCACAAUCUUGGCAAGACCGCCAGAAACUACCUACUACAUCUAUACAUUACGAUAUGGACAUUAGGAACUCUUCCCAAUAAUUGGAAAAGAGGCACAAUUAUUCCAAUUCUCAAACCCGGAAAAAAUAAACACUCCGUUGAGGGUUACAGACCAAUAACUCUGUUAAAUACUAUGACAAAAUGGAUGGAAAAAAUUAUAAACACCCGACUCAUUUGGUUCCUUGAAAAAAACAAUAUCAUAAAUAAAGAACAAAGUGGUUUUCGUCCAUCGAGAUCCACAAUUGACAACCUACACGUAAUUAAAUCAAAAACCGACCUAGCUCUGGAAAACAAACAAACACUACGUAUGUUAAGCCUUGACAUAUCUAAGGCCUACGACUCUGUAUGGAAGCACAGAGUACUUGUAAUAUUAAGUAAAAUACUAGCAUACGGUAAUAUGUAUAAUUAUAUAAACGACUUCCUUAUUGACCGGCAUUUCCAAGUAAAAGUUUCAAAUUCAUUUUCAACCCCUUUCCCACAACAAAACGGUAUUCCCCAAGGAUCCUCAUUGGCAGUAACUAUUUUUCUAUUAGCAAUAAAUGACAUCGUUGAAACAAUAAGGCUGUAA